AUGACAGCCUGUGCCUUCCAGACCCCCACGCAUACCAAAGUCGGAGAAGCGCAGCGUAGUCUAGAGACAAACAACUGUAUCUGCGCAACCAGCGGAACUCGGGCGAGAAAAGGCAUCCGAUUCCGGGAUUGGAGGAACAUGGGGCGGGAGCACCGCGCUCCCGCUUGCCCCUCCCGCAAGCCCAGCGGGGGCGGGAAGUCUGGCGCGCGCGCGCCGGCCCAUCGCCCGGGCUCCGCCCCCCGCCCUGCCGCGCGCUCCCGCCCCCGGGCUGAGGCGACUCAGAGUCGGAGCCCGACACAAAGGCGGUGGCGACGGCGGCAGCGGCAGCAGCGAAGGGACCCUAGAGGCCGCUCCGCCCGGGCUUUCCGGGCCCACUGCACUCACCCCAGCCCGCAGCCCUGCUGCCCACCCGCGGCUCUAAGAUGGCGGCGACGAAAGAGACCGGGCGAGCGGCAGCCCGGAGCGGGAAGCGCCGGAGGGGCCUCCGCCGUCCUGCUUCGGACUCCCGGACCCAGGCGCGGCACGCAGCGGGACCGUGGCUUCCUGGGGCUCUUACCUGCCCGAAGCGGACUCGAGGGGAUGCGGCCACACGUUCUGCUCGACCGCCCGUUUUGCCGCCUCCGCCUCGCCCUCCCCAGCGCCGCUGCCGCCAUCUUGUGUCCCGGGCCGGGACUCCGCGCUGCGCAUGCGUCGGUACCGCCUCUGAAGGACCUCGCCACGGCCGCGCCGCCAUCUUGAGUGUGGCAAUGUUGACUGGCUCCCCGGACCUUGAUGGCUUUCGCCCCCGCCCCCCGUCCCCAACUCCCCAUUUUCCCGUUCAUCCCGGUUGUCCCUUGUGGUCCUGAGGAUGGGGAAAAACAGCUUUGCUAUUCUUGAAACGUAGGUGGGAAGGAAGGAAUAUCGCACACCCCUGCCUCAGUUUCCCUGCCGAACGCACUCGCAGGGGCUGAAGAUCUAGGGCACUUGAGGGGGCACGAAGCUGGUCUAGAGUCUUCUAGGGGCUCUGGCCCAGUUGCCGACAUAGGCGGAGUGGUGACGUAGGCCCUGCACGUUGGGUCCUGGCCUGCACAGUGCUCGGCCGCUUCCAGCUGGUGCUGUCCUCGGGGCCUCUGUCCUCUAAGGGUCCUGGAAUGUUAACUCUCUCUGCCUAGAGGCCAGGUGACGACGACGUGCAAAUCGAACCUUUGCGCGUUAGCAACCUGCUCACAAAUUGCUCUUGAAUAGUCGUAGCUUUUGGAGGAGUGCAGGUCCGGUAGAUGGGGCUUUGGGCAGUUGUAAAGUUGUGAAGGCUGCACACAGCUUAGUGGGAGACGCUUCUGCAAGGGUCCGUCCGCAAGGCUCCCUUCCGGAAUUAGGCUCCUAGCUCCACCCACUUGUGGCCUCCUAAGGAAGCGGUUGCCCAGUUAAGGUAACUUGAAAGGAGGACAAGUUUGCCACCUGCUGCUGGACUAGCGUAGCAGAUGGCCCCGCUGGUCAGCCUCGGCUGCCAGUAACUUGGAGCUGGAAUGUUGGGAGGUCAGGAAAAAUGGUCAACAAUAUAAACUAGUAAGAGUUGGAGGAGGAUCUUGUCUAGUCUGCCCUCAGACACCUGACCUUCGACCCCAGAUGUGUCCAUCUUGGGGAUUUUUUGUUCUUUUUUUUUUUGUUUUUUGAUAGUUCUGCUAUAUAACCCUGGCAGACCAGGAACUCAGCAGUCUGUCUGCCUCCUCGGUGCUGAAAUUAAAAGCAUACACCAUCAUGCAUCUCGAAUCUUGGGAGACUGAUAAAGGGUCACUAGUUUGAGAGGUCAGCAGGGCUACAAGAUACUUGCCUUAAAAAGGAAAGUUUUAACUCGGGAGGCAGAGGCAGGCAGAUUUCUGAGUUCGAGGCCAGUCUGGUCUACAGAGUGAGUUCCAGGACAGCUAGGGCUACACAGAGAAACCCUGUCUCG